AUGACUCAAUCAUCAACAACAAGUCAAUUCUACUAUGCGUGUCGUAACGGAAAAGUGGAUGAGGUUCGCGAACAAUUACCUAAAAUGACCUUAGAAGAAAUAGAUCAAAUUCAAGCAAACGGUUCCACUGCUCUUCAUGCAGCAUGCUAUUAUGGUUAUACAGAAAUUGUAAAAUUAUUGUUGAAACGAGGUGCUAGUCGUUCUAUACCGAACAUACACAAGUGUUUGCCAUAUGAUGAAGCCGAAAAAGAAGAAAUAAAAAAAUUAUUUCUUCGUGAAUCAUCGAAUCGAUUUAGUGAUGAUGGUUCAGGUCACAUUGAUUGGAUGAAAUGUGAUGAAGCGGCAGAAGAACUAGCGAAUGAGUAUCGAUUUCGUCAUGCAGGAUUCGGUUGGAAAAAGAAAGAUAUCGAUCGUCGAAUGAAAUUUAUCAAAGAAGAAAUGUCUCAUACAGAUAUUGAACAAGUCGGUAAAUUUCUCGAUUAUGCAGAAUCGCAACAAAAUCCUGUCUAUCUUUUGAAAGCUUAUACAGUUGAAUCGGAUUUUUAUAAAAAGUUAAAUCAAUAUUUAGCUACAAAACACUUCGAUCAGGGCACUAAUUCUGGUAUUACAUAUUUCAUCGAUUUCUUUUUCAAUCAUCCAGCAUUAGCAAAAUUAUCGUUCAAAGGCAAAGUUUAUCGUGGUAUGUCAAUUACACAAGAUGAUCUUAAACAGUAUGAUAUCGGAGGAAAAGUAAUGAAUAAAGCAUUUAUGUCGACAACAAAAAAUCCAAAAAUAGCCGAAAGUUUUGCACAAAAUAAUCUUACUCAUCGUCAAACAGAACACGGUAGUCAAGUAAAAAUGGCAGCCUUAUGCACCUACGAAAUUAUUAAUGAACGAACAGGUAUUGAUAUUGAACAACUAUCCGAGUAUUCCAUUGAGAAAGAAGUACUAGUGGGACCAUACACAGCAUUUGCCAUAAGUGCAAUACGGAAAAUACGCUCUGAUUAUGUGGAAAUCGACCUGCGUGAAUGCGAAAAAGCGAAUGACGAAGAAGAAGACGAUGAUGAUGAUUAG